CAGAGAUUACUCAUAGAGCAAGACUUUAGUACUACAGUCCACAGAUACGUGAGAACACCACAGACUUCACCGCCACAGUUUUACCAUCUGUUCAAAAUAAAAGGAAUAUAAACUUUUUUUUAUUUUAUUUUAUUACUAUUAUUAUUUUGCUAUUGCAAGUAAAGGGAACGGACCCUGGAAGGAUCCUUAAGACGGCAGCAUACUCCCUUAAGAAAGUUUAAUCUUCUUUCUAGAGUAAACCGCGUUGAGGUAGAUUUAAACUUCGAGUAAUAGACUGUAUCUGAGUGGUGAAUAUUUCCUGCACGACAGAAGCAGAAGUCUUGGGACCUGUGAAGAACAAACUUAGCAUCACCAUGGCUGCGAGUCAUGCUGUGUCUGCAGUGCUUUUAGUUUUUUGGUGUGUAGCAGCUUCAGGCCCGUUGCCCAGGAGCGGAUGUGUGCCGGCACCUGUCAGUGAGUCCCACCCUGUGCGUGCCCUGCUGGAGAGCUUCACAGUGCUGUCGGGCUGUGCAAGCCGAGGCACCACCAGCCUGCCACAGGAGGUGCACAUCAUUAAUCUGAGGAGCCCAGGGGAGGGGCCCAGCCAGCACCAGAGAGAGGUGACUCUUCAUGUGAAGCCUAUCAGCUCCCUCCUGACCCAUCACAAGGCUCUGGUGUUUGUGCUCAAUUCACCUCAACCCAUGCAAUGGAAGCUGAAAGCAGAGAAGCUGUUACCAGGAGUCCAGCGAACCUUCUAUGUGUCUGAAGGUUCCACAGUUCGCUUCGAGUCUGGAAACUUCUCUGCGUCUACAGCGCAGCACAAGGAGAAGCUCCCUCAAGGCAACAAACAUCUUCUAGUCUGGGCCCAGAAGAAAUAUGGUGCGGUGACCUCAUUCACAGAGGUCAAAGCCGCUCGGAACAUCUACAUCAAAGUAGGAGAGGACCCAGUUUUUCCUGUCAACUGCACCAUUGAGAAGAACUUCCUGUCUCUGAAUUACCUGGCUGAGUAUCUACAGCCUAAGCCUGCUCAGGGCUGUCUGCUGUCCAGCCUAGGAGAGCAGAAAGAGGUCCACAUCAUUGAGCUGCAAGCUCCAAACUCCAACCCCUACAGCGCUUUCCAGGUGGAUAUAAUUGUUGACAUCAGACCUCUCAAGCCAGACAGCACACUUUACAGAGACCUGGUGCUAAUACUGAAAUGUGAAAAGUCAGUGAAUUGGGUAAUCAGGGCCCAUGGUGUCAUUGGAAAGCUGGACGUGCUGACGUCCGACAGCACUGGCAUCGACAAACAUUCACGGGAGAGCGCAUUUAUUACGACAGCGAAGUGGGAUCUGCCCUCCAGCGCUGAGGCUUUGAUUAAGUGGGUCAAUGAUCAUGGCUAUGGCCCUGUCACCACCUACACCAACGCUCCCGUGGCAAACCGCUUUCAUGUGCGCCUGGAAGAAACAGUCGUGGGCGAGGAGGUCAUUCAGAUGAUCCCCACUGAACCGGAGAUCCUGCAGGACCCCAACCCCCAGCCUGGACUGAGAAGCCAAGACGGCUUCGGCUUCCCCUUUCCGUUCGGCAGGGAGCGCUACAACCGAGUGGAUGAGAUGAUGCGGCCGCCUCACGCUUCAUUGCCCUUUGGAGACGACAUCAGGAAGAUGCUGGAGCCGGAGGAAGUGCAGGGCAGCCUCAACGUGGGGCUGUCUGUGCAGUGCGAGGACCACAGGAUGGUAGUUGCUGUUGACAAGGAGAGUCUGCAGGCUAAUGGCUACAGAGGCACAGACCUUACUCUGCAGGAUCCUACUUGCAAAGCAACAGAAAACAUUACACAUUAUAUCUUGGAGACGUCUUUGACUGGCUGUGACACCACCCCCUUCCCCUUUCCCAGUGGCUCACAUGUGGUUUACAUCAAUUCUAUCAUGAUAAACCAGUCCUACCCUGGAGAGGGAAGUGGUUUGCUGAGUGAUUAUGAGGACAUGGAGGAGUCUGAAGAUAACAGAUACUCUGUGGACACUGAGGAAAAUGUCGACACACUUCCUGACUCAGUGAGGAAUAGACUCAAAACCAUCUUGUUCAACUGUACAUACGAAAAGCCAACAAUUCCAGAAGGCCCACCAUUCAGACCUGGCGUGGCUAACAACAACGUGACCUUCGGCAUGGAAUUCUACAACACGGCUCUCUUCCUAUCUCCAGCCCAGGCUCUCUACAUGGCCACAGAGAACAGACAAGUCUUUGUAGAGGUAUCUGUGACCAAGACUGACCAGGAACUUGGUUUUGCAAUUCAAACCUGCUUCAUUUCACCCAGCUCGCUCCCCAACGAGCGCUCAGACUACAUCAUUAUCGAGAAUGUUUGUCCGAAGGACGAGUCGGUGGUGUUCUACGACCCGCAGACUGUGGACUUCACAGAACCGUACGCGCAGAUGGACAAGAAGAGGUUCAGCUUUGUGUUCAAGCCAAAGUUCAACACAUCACUGCUGUUCCUCCACUGUGAGCUGACCUUGUGCACAAAGAAGGAAGUGGACAGCAAAGGGCUGCUUAAGUGUAUACCUCCGGAUGAGGCCUGCACCGCGGUCAAUGGGGACAUGAUAAUUCAGAUGUUUAAGCACAGGAAGACCACCACCAAGCCACUGGUGGUUGUAUCCGAUAAGGGCAGGAAAACUGGUAUGGUCAAAGAAGACCCAAUAAAAGCUGAAAAACGUCCCCAGCCAUAUGUUAUGCAUGGCUUGGACACGCCGACUGUCGUGGGAAUCGCGUUUGCAGCUUUUGUGAUCGGUGCUCUGCUGAUGGGGGCCCUGUGGUUCAUUUACGCAAACACAGGUGAGACAGCUGGAAGACAACAAGUCCCCACAUCUCCCCCAGCCUCUGAAAACAGCAGCGCGGCCCACAGCAUCGGGAGCACACAAAGCACUCCCUGUUCAAGCAACAGUACAGCCUAACCCUGGGGAGCGUGGAACAGCCUGGGAGCACAGGAAAAGGGCAUGGGUUCACAGCGACUGUUUGUUGAUAUUAGCUUUCCCAGGAUGAAAGGAAUUAUUUCUGGUUGCUUUUGAAAGCAGAGAAUUUUUUUUUCUUUAAAAAAAAAAAUCACCUGAUGUCCCUUCACAAAACAAAACAAAUUGUUUUGUGUGACAGAGAACUACUAAUUACCCUGCACUGGGAACUGUUGAAAGGGGCUGAGUUCCUGAUGUGAAAUACAGGACAGUGUUUUUUGUUUUUGUUUUGUUUGUUUGUUUGUUUUUUUCAAAUGCUGCUUUUGUUUAUAGAAAAGGAAAAUCAUGAUUUCGUUUUUGUAUUCAACCUCUUCAGUAUGUUCUUGUAAAAUGGAUGAUAGAAGAUGACAAUAUGGUUUUAUACAAAAGAAUAAACAAAACUUUAGAGAAUGUCUAAAAGUAAACAGCUUCAAAUGAGACUUUAAUGAUUUUUUAAUCUUUCCUUAACCACAAUGGUUCUGAAUUCUAGAGAAUGUUGGUUGAAUUUAGCUGAAAGCCAAUUAAACUAC